AUGGCUGAUGGCAACUCGCGCCUACCGCCCGAGGAGUACUUCAAACAACGACAGGCGCUGAUCGAAGGCGAGGCAAAACUCGCUUUCGGGGCUGACACUGAACUGAGCGAAAAAGAGCAACUCGUCAACAAACACCUCGUGGCACUGAAACGGCCCGAGCUGGCCGAAGGAUUUAAAAAUCCCUUGAACUUCACACCGGCCAAUAACUUCUUCGAGAUGCUCGAUAAGAUGGACGCCUUGCCCUCGCCCUUGUUCAAGAUAAUCCGCCAGAUGCCGAAGGGAGGUGUACUGCACCCGCACGAAACGGCUUGGGCAAACACGGAGAUUAUCGUUUCAGGAGCAUCUCUGGCAGCGUGUGUCGCCCAAAUGCUUAUCUGCAGCAGCCUUCUGCUCAUCUGCCUUACCAUGGGUGGGGCCAAAACCAUCAUCGAUCGAUACCCUUGGCUUUCACCAGACGAGUACCAUCAGCAGCGGCAAGAUCUAGUGCAGAAAGAGGCCUCGCUCGCUUUGGGUGCCGAUAUCGUUCUCAACGAAAAAGAAAGGAUCGUCAACGAUCACCUCAUGUCACUGAAGCGUGCCGAACUUGCCGAGGGUUUCGAAAAUCCCUUGAAGUUUGCUCCGGCUCGCCACAUUUUCGAGGUGCUCGACAUGAUCGAGACUUCGCCCGUGUUCAAGCUGAUCCGUCAGAUACCCAAAGGAGGUUUGCUGCAUGCACACGCUACAUCGCUGGCCAACACGAAGGUGAUUGUACGGGCAACCUAUCACGAGCACCUCUGGCAACGUGGUGAAUUUACCCCCGAAAGGGGACUUGACUUUCGUUUCUCUCGUACAGUCCCUGACGGUGAAGGUUGGGAGCUGGUGCAGGAUAUUCGGAAAAGAGUUGGUGACGCUCAGUACGAUGAUGCUGUUCGGCAGAAAUUCACGCUAUACGAUAAGGACCCGCUGAAUUACUACAAAACUAGUAACGACGUUUGGUCUAGAUUCUACGGCAUCUUUCAUGCAUUAAAAUCGAUGGUUAACUAUAAACCAUUCUGGGAAAGCUACUUCCGUGAAGUGUUGCUGGAUCUUCAUGAAGAUAACGUGAUGUACCUUGAGAUGCGAUCUGGAUUGCCGGCGCUCUAUGAUCUGGAAGGAAAAACCUACUCUCCAGAAGAGGUAGCUGAAAUCUACAUCAACAUUACGGAGGAAUUCAAAGCGACACAUCCCAGCUUUGCCGGUACCAAGGUCAUCUAUGGGCCCCGGCGGUCGCUGGAUGAUGCAACGUUGGAAGAACGAAUAGACACCGUCGAACGGGUUAAUCACCAGUACAGCAACUAUGUGGUUGGAUUCGAUUUAACCGGUCAGGAGGAACCAGGUCGGCCACUCCUCGAAAUGGCCGAUAAACUGCUCACCCUGUCGCCGUCCGUCAAUUUCGUGUUCCAUGCGGGAGAAACAAACUGGAACGGCAUGGAAACAGAUGAAAAUUUGAUUGAUGCAAUUCUGCUCGGUUCGAAGCGAAUCGGACAUGGCUAUGCACUCCUGAAGCACCCGCUGUUACUGGAGGAAGUUAAACGGCGCGGGAUCUGCGUCGAAAUCAAUCCCAUUUCCAAUCAAGUGCUCCGACUGGUCACCGACUUCCGGAACCAUUCGGCCAGCGUGCUCCUUUCUACCGACUUCCCGCUGGUCAUAUCAUCGGACGAUCCAGCGUACUGGGGGGCCACACCACUGAGCCACGACUUUUACAUCGCCUUUCUGGGAAUGGCUUCCGCACAUCAGGACUUGCGGCUGCUGAAGAAGCUCGCCCUUAACUCUCUCCACUGCUCAUUGAUGGACGACCAAGAGAAGCAAACGGCCAUGGAACAGUUCGAAUCGUCGUGGCAUAACUUUAUCGACCGUACCGCUCGACAGCUAUUGGCCCAAUAA